CGUCAAGCUCCUGAAAGCUCCAACAACUCCUCCCUGACGCCCAAGACGGUCGGCAUGAGAUAGUGACCAGUUUGCGCAUCAUGGCGCUGGACGGAUCCAGCAGUUAUGUGGCUCCGAACAACCUAACGGAGCCUUCGGACUCCCUACCCAUCUUCGACGUUCAGCGGGUGCAGCUCCAAUUCCCGAUCGCGGCGGAUUUUGUAGCUGCUCAAGUUGCGAACAAUGUGCUCAUCUUGGCCCUGUCGACAGGCCGGAUUCUACGGAUUGAUCUUGAUACCCCUGAAGACAUCGAUGAUAUCGACCUUCCAAAGAAGUCUUCCGAGAUCGGUUUGAUUCGUCGCAUGUUCCUAGACCCUUCGGCGUCCCAUCUGAUCAUCACCACCACGCUCGGCGAGAACUACUACCUCCAUACUCAGUCGCGCCAGCCCAAGGCUUUGUCUCGGUUAAAGGGCGUCUCUAUUGAGAGUGUCGCUUGGAAUCCGUCUCUCCCGACUGCCUCGACACGCGAAAUUCUUUUGGGUACAACUGAUGGCAAUGUAUAUGAGACCUACAUUGAACCAUCUACGGAGUUCUAUCGGCGCGAGGAGAAAUAUGUCACUGCAAUCUACAAAGUGCCGGAUGCCUCGCCAGUCACAGGUAUCUGUGCUGAAUUGGUCCCUUCGAGGCCUGAUCAGAGACGAGUGCUCGUGGCAACGCAUGGCAAAUUGGUACAUGUCCUAGGCCGGACGGGGACCACCACCAAGGGAAGAGAUGGCGGCGGAUCCAUAUAUGCGGAUCUUUUCCAGCGCGAGACGGCUCUGAUUCAUGAUAUUUCCAAUCCGUCAGGUGCUGCACCAUCCGUGUUAGUGGUAUCCUCCUCCUCGAGCGCGGGAGGGCACCAGGCAGAUGGGCUCACAGAGAAGGAGUUCGCAUGGUUGAGCGCUGAGGGUAUUUACCAUGGCCAGCUUUCAUCCGAGACUCCAUUUGACCAUGCGAGUAUGCUGCCUCGCACGAAGUUCCCUGCAUCCCAAUCCGCACGAGGAGGGAAGAAGAUGAUACAAGAUCCGAUUUCUGCAAUGACUCUCACCCAUUGGCAUGUUCUGGCACUAGUCGAAGGCCGAGUGGUUGCCGUCAACCGCCUGAAUGAGGAAAUUGUAUAUGAUCAGGCUGUGCUGGAGCCUCGCCAAAGCUCCUUGGGUCUAUUGACUGACCUCACACAAAACACCUACUGGCUUUUUACCAGCAAAGAAAUCUUCGAGGUUGUUGCCAAUGACGAGGAUCGAGAUGUGUGGAAGGUUUUUCUCAAAGAAAAGAAAUUCGACGAAGCACUUCAGUACGCCCACGGUCAUGCGCAACGCGAUGCUGUCUUGACGGCUUCGGGCGACUUUUUGGCAGAAAAGGGCAACUUCCUCGAGGCUGCGAAAGUCUGGGGCAAGAGCAGCAAGGGCUUUGAGGAAGUGUGCCUGACAAUGGUAGAUAACAAGGAGUAUGAUGCUCUCCGGAAAUACCUUCUCUCCCAGCUUUCGACAUACAAGAAAGCAUCUGUUAUGCAACGAAUCAUGGUCGCGAGUUGGCUUGUGGAGCUCUUCAUGUCGAAGCUGAACUCCUUGGACGACAGCAUCGCGACAAAUGCAGAACUCACCGAGGGUGCAACCGAAGGCCAGGUUCAGGAUCAACUGGGUGACAUGCGAGCCGAGUUUCAGGAAUUUAUCACGAGACACAAGGCGGAUCUGGACAAGAAGACGGUCUACGACAUUAUCAGCAGUCAUGGCCGCGAACAGGAAUUACUCUUCUUUGCAACCGCUACUAACGAUUACAACUAUGUUUUGUCCUAUUGGAUUCAACGAGAGAAAUGGUCCGAGGCAUUGAACGUACUCCAGCGCCAGAGCGAGCCCGAUAUAUUUUACAAGUACAGUAGUGUUCUCAUGACUCACGCGGCCACUGGGUUGAUCGAAAUUUUGAUGCGACAGACGAAUCUCGAUCCAGAGAGACUUAUUCCCGCUUUGUUGAACUAUAACAAGACCGCCAGCGUAUCCCUCAAUCAAAACCAGGCCGUGCGCUACCUCAACUUCAUCAUCGUCAACCACCCCAAACCCUCGGCAGCUGUCCACAACACACUCAUCUCAAUUCAUGCCUCCAGUUCAUCAACCUCUGAGGCAGGACUUCUCACUUAUCUCCAAUCGCAGCCAUCAACGCCUCCUCCAUACGAUGCAGACUUUGCUCUACGACUCUGUAUCCAGCACAAGCGAGUCCAGUCGUGCAUCCACAUCUACAGCGCAAUGGGCCAGUACCUGCAGGCAGUCGAACUCGCUCUGGAACACGACGACAUUGAGCUCGCCGCUAUUGUCGCAGAUCGACCCGAAGGUAACGACAAGCUUCGCAAGAAGCUGUGGCUUCUGGUUGCGGAGAAAAAGAUCCGUCAGCGCGGCACAGGCAUCAAAGACGCAAUCGAGUUUCUCCGCCGUUGCGAGCUCCUUCACAUCGAGGAUCUCAUCCCGUUCUUCCCGGACUUUGUCGUCAUCGAUGACUUCAAAGACGAAAUUUGCACCGCUCUUGAAAUUUACUCGCGCCAUAUUGAUGACUUGCGUCAGGAGAUGGAUAACUCGGCACAAACAGCCCGCCAGAUUCGGUCAGAGAUUGCGGGUCUAGACACGCGCUAUGCGAUUGUGGAACCGGGCGAGAAGUGUUGGAUCUGUUCACUACCCCUCUUGAGUCGCCAAUUCUUUGUGUUUCCUUGUCAGCAUGCCUUCCACAGCGAUUGUCUGGGGAAAGAGGUGUUGGAAGGUGCGGGAGGCAAGAGGAAGUAUAUUCGAGAUUUACAGGCCCAGGUGAGCAGUGGAGAUAUCUCUUCUGCGCGGAGAGAGGAGAUUGUCAAGGAAUUGGAUGGGUUGGUUGCGGAAGCUUGUAUUCUAUGCGGCGACCACGCGAUCAAACAGAUUGACAAGCCAUUUAUCGCCGCCUCGGAAACGACAGAUGAGUGGGCUCUCUGAUCAGGAGACACUGUCUAUUAAGGUCUGUGUCGAGACUUCUGUGCGCUUCUGUUAUGGUACGCUACUAGAGGCAUUACCAGUAGCAUGUUUUGUUGAUUCUCGUUCAUAUUUGCAAUACCC